CAUGUUGUACAUUCGUCAGGUUGUUUCGUUAUUUCAGUUUCUUUCCUCUUCUUUUUUUCUUCCUUUUUCUUUUCGGUCUUCUAUUGGUUAAUGGAGGACGUUUCUGCAGCUGCAGAAUAAAAUAUUUUCGUAAUUUUGAGAAAAAUUGCCAAUAAAAAUGAGUUUAGCCAACGCAAGACCUCUGGUCUCCGUAUAUUCGGAAAAGAAUGAACAAAUCAAGGAAAAGAGCAUCUGCUUGCCAGCAGUGUUCAAGGCCCCCAUUCGUCCCGAUGUCGUCAACGAUAUCCACCAAUUGAUGCGUCGUAACAAGCGUCAACCUUACGCUGUCAGCGAACAAGCCGGUCACCAAACCUCUGCUGAAUCUUGGGGUACUGGUCGUGCUGUUGCUCGUAUUCCCCGUGUCCGUGGUGGUGGUACUCACCGCUCCGGCCAGGGUGCUUUCGGUAACAUGUGCCGUGGUGGUCGUAUGUUCGCCCCAACCAAGACUUUCCGUCGUUGGCACCGUAAGGUCAAUGUAAACCAACGCCGUUACGCUUUGGUCUCUGCCAUCGCUGCUUCUGGCGUUCCAGCCCUUGUCCAAUCUAAGGGUCACAUUAUUGAUGGCGUCUCUGAAUUCCCAUUGGUCGUCUCUGAUGAAGUUCAAAAAUUGCAAAAGACCAAGCAAGCUGUUGUCUUCCUCAGACGCAUGAAGAUCUGGGCUGACAUCCAAAAGGUGUACAAAUCCCAACGUUUCCGUGCUGGCCGUGGUACUAUGCGCGAUCGUCGCCGCAUUGCCCGUCGUGGACCCCUCAUUGUUUACUACAAGGAUGAAGGUUUGCGUCGCGCCUUCCGUAACAUCCCUGGCAUUGAAACUAUGUCCGUUGAUAAAAUGAACUUGUUGAAAUUGGCUCCUGGUGGCCAUGUUGGUCGUUUCGUCAUCUGGACCGAAUCUGCUUUCGCUCGCCUCAACGAGCUCUUCGGUACCUGGAAAUCUGGUUCCACCUUGAAGAAGGGCUACAACCUUCCUCAACCUAAGAUGGCCAACACUGACUUGUCUCGCCUUCUUAAAUCUGAAGAAAUCCGCAAGGUGCUCCGUGACCCUCGCAAGAAGGUCUUCCGUCGUGUCCGCCGUCUCAAUCCAUUGUCCAAUGUUCGUCAACUCAUCAAGUUGAAUCCUUAUGCUGAGGUUCUCCGUCGCCGCGCCGCUUUGGCCGCCGAAAAACGUACCAUUGCUAAGGCUGUCGCCAAGGCAAAGAAGAACAACGUUGAAUUGGCCAAGAACCACUUUGCCGUUGUCGCCACCAAAGCCGCUGCCAACCGCGCUAAAAUGCUACAGAAGGCCUUUGAAGCUAGAAAGAAGAAAGCCGCUGCUGCCCCCAAGAAGAAGUAAACUUUUAAAAAGUUUAAUGUGAGGCGUGUUUUUUAAAUUUCUUUUAAAGCUACAAAUGUAUGAAUUUUUUUCAUAAAUUAAAAAAAAUACAUAAAACCAACUUAAAAUUUAA